AUGAGUUCAUUAUUAGAGCUGAUAUCCUCCAAGUUUUCAACUCCAAAGAAAAAGGAAUUUGAAUCCCCUCCUCCUCAUACCCAAGGCCAAAAUAGUCUUUCUAGUUAUGGUUCACAAACCCGUCUACCUACUCCUCCACCUCCACCUCCACCUCCACCUCCUUCUUCUCCUUCUGUAGAAGAUGAUCAAUAUGUCGAGGUCAUUCCUUGUCAAAGUUGUAGUGUUCUUCAAAAGCAACACCAAGAUUUGGCAUCAGAUCUCAACAAAAAGAUCAACGAAAAGGACUCUGAUAUUAAAAGGUUAAAGACAACAAUCGAAAUGCUCAAAAACUGCAAGAAUGAAAUCAUCCAACUCAAUGAAAAAGUCCAGUACCUCGAACAAGAAAACAAUCAAAUCAAAAAAACCAAUAUGCAAUACAUUGAACAAUUCAAUCAACUCUAUGCAUCAAUGAUCUCACACAAGAAUCUAGCAACUCAAUACGGUCAAACAAUCGAAGAAAAAUCUCGUAUGAUUGAAGACUUGCAAUCGAGUAUUCAGUCAAGUCGUGCUACAGCCAAUGAACAAAUGGCUAUAGAGUUCCGUCAAAACAAUAAUCAAGCUUCGAUAUUGUCAACCAAACGUCCAAUGUUGGACAAAUUUGCAGAAAGUUAUCUGAUUUUUAUCGACCAAUACAUUGCUCCCUUUAUGAAUGUCGUACCAAUGUCCAUCAAUGACAGAACUGUCGCUUUCAUGGUCCAACAAAUCUUUAAAGGUUGUUUGGAACUCUGCAAUAAAGUCAUUCACGAUCCACUCUCUCCCAUCACUCAAAACAUGACAACCCAAGGAAAACAAACCAUGGAAAACAGCUAUUUUGAAAUUAUCGGUGGAAUGGAUCCGAAAACCAUAGUACCAUAUCAAAAAGCUUAUAAAGAAUUUUGUUUUAUUCAUCAAAUACUAUCAAUUGAUGGAUCACAAAACAAUGAUGUGAAUACACUUAUUGAUGGUUGUUGUAAUUUAGCUUGGAGAAUAUUGUUGACACAACCUUCAAUAGAGUUUGGAUGUGAACCAAAACCUUGUGAAACAUUCAACAAAAACAGUCAUACCACAUUCCCAGGCCUAGAACCAUUGGAGAGAGGGUUUGUUGAUCUUUGUGUUAUUCCUCAAAUUGUUACUGUCAAAGACAAAACACAAGUAACAAAAGCUUUGGUUUUCUUGGCAGACUCUCAAAAUGAAGUAACAUCGAAUCAAAAAUUAGGUCCCUCAAAACUGCAAAAUCUAUUAUCUUCUCAAAAUAAUCAAAAUAAUAAUAAUAAUACAACAAAUAUUAAUAACAAUAUUAACAAUAGAAAUAAUACUGGACCAUCUGUAUCUAUGACAAAGAAUCAUUCAUCGAUUCCAGAGCAAACAACUACAUCAACAACAAAAACAAGUAAUUCUGGAUUAUCCAAGGACUCAUCAACCUUUGUUCCUAAAAGUAAUUUAAAAAAUUGGACCAAAAUGGACAUUGAUGAUGGAAAGAAGAAAGAGUCGAGAAGCAUUCCAGAUAGUCCUGUUGUCGGAGAAGAAAAGACCAAAUUGCCCACAGCUAAGGUUAUGUCCUCGACUAGUGUUGUCUCUACAGCAAAGGUAGUUCCAAAAACUGCCAUAAAUACAAAAAAACCUGUUUCUAGCCGUCAUUUUAAUAAUGAUAAUCAUGGUCACCAUUUAGUUUACUUUAAAUUUAUAAUAAAAGUCAAGUCUUCUUUUUUUUAUUAUCAGUUUCAACAACAACAAAAACAACAACUACUACCACCAAUCAAUGAUGAUAAAGAGAAAAGACAACCAUUUAUUGGAUGUGAUAAAGAGAUUGUAAAGUUGGCAAAGAUAUGCACAGAUGUUAGACAUGUCAUUUCAUGUGAUGGAGAGUCAUGCUAUUCCUGUUGUCACGACUUGUCAAAUGUCUGGGUCUGGCAAGACAAUACACUUCAAGAGAGAGAGGAUUUAGCAAAUCAAGUUAAAGAACAACUUGCAAAUACUGAUUUCCACGAUCACGUAGAUUAUUUCAAUAUCCAUCAAUCUAAAGCACUUUUACUUUGA